UUUCCCACAAUGCAGCACGGACGGGUGCUCGGCUGACAGGACACAUAACACAGGGUACUGCACAGUUUUACCUUUUAAAUCAAUAUUUUGGACAUCUUCCGCUUGAUAUUGUACAUGUAUUGGUAUCGCAUCACUAUUAUACCCAGGUGUGAAUGACAAGCUAUCAUACCGGGGCGGGUUACAAUCCUGCUUUAAAGUAUCGUCGUGAACACGACUGUUGUGGAGGCCUCAACAACGUGGACUACUCGAAGAUGGACUUGAAAGUAUUUGAAGAAGUCUUCAAACAAAUCAACUUUCAUGACUCCAAUUUCCACAUUGCUGUGAUUGCAAUCAUUUUCAACCCCCUUUUUUGGAAUGUGCUGCCGUCGACUCCCCUGAGACACUGCGCGUCAACACCCGGCCGUGGACACACCCCUCCGACUAUCAGCAUGACUGUGGUGAUGAAGACCCGAGCCAGGUGGGAGUUGUUGGACAGGCCAGAAGUGUUCUACUUUGGUGUAUUUUUCAUCGUAUUGGGUUCUCUGCUGGUGGUCAGCAGCUUUCUAGCUCUUGGAUUCACAGGAACAUUCCUUGGUGACUACUUUGGUAUUCUGAUGGAUGACAAGGUGACCGGCUUUCCUUUCAGCUUCAUAGAUAAUCCUAUGUACUGGGGCAGCACCUCCAACUACCUUGGCUUGGCACUUGUAGGUGCAAGUCCUGUGGGUCUUCUCCUGACUGCAAUUGUAGCGCUGGUCUACAAGAUUGCAAUCGGAUUUGAGGGACCUUUCACUGAACACAUCUAUCAGGAGAGGAGGCGCAAACAUGAAUAACUGCACCCCAUCAGCUUGCAAGAGGAUUCGCUGCUGAGCACGAGGAACUCUGAGUGGGAGUUUUUCUUUCCACCUUUCAAAUGACAUUUCCAGUAGUCAACUUUUAGAAUAAAACACCACCCUGUGAAUGUUGAUACACACUCUUCUAUCCAGUAACAGUUUCAUACAACAAGUCAUCUUUUACAUACUUUAGAUAUGUCACAUUAUUAAACAUAAGAAAAAUAAGUUUAUUCAUGCUACAACCCCAAAUAGUGCAAGUUUAUAAUACAAUAUAAUUUUUUUGAUAUUAAAAAAAAAGC